UUUUAGCUGUAAGAAAUAUGGGAAGUAAAACUGAUAUAUUGUUUGAUGAUGAUGAGGUGGGUGAAUUGGUUAAUUGGAAAGUUACUGAUGGCGCUUACGUAUCUGCUGAUACUGUCCUUCUCAUUUACGACAGCAAAAGUGGUGAAAAAAAAUCAUUGAAAACUUCUGUGUCGGGUGUUGUUACUAUUGAUGCUACAGUUAAAAAAGGGAAAAUAUUAAAAAAGGUAUGAUUGUUGCUAGUCUACGAGGUUGUAGUCAUGAAAUUGUUAUCAAAGAUAUGUGCGCAUCGUGCGGUAAGGAUUUAAGAAGUAAGCCAGGAACUUCUGGAAAUUUGACGGAAGCCAGUACUGCGAACGUAUCAAUGAUACACCAUGUUCCUGAACUGAUCGUCUCUGAUGAGCUGGCUCGGAAAAUAGGCAGUCGAGAUCGCGAAUUGCUUUUAAAAGCACACAAAUUAGUGUUGUUGGUUGAUUUGGACCAAACACUCAUACAUACAACCAAUCAUACUUUUAAAGUGGACAAAGAUACGGACGUUUUGCAUUAUAAAUUAAAAGGGACUGAUUUCUACACCAAAAUUCGUCCAUAUGCACGCGAAUUUUUGCGCCGUAUGGCUGAACUGUAUGAAAUGCAUAUAAUCAGUUACGGAGAAAGACAGUACGCGCAUCGUAUCGCUGAGUUUUUAGAUCCUGAUAAGAUAUAUUUUGGCCACAGGAUAUUGUCACGCGAUGAAUUGUUUUGUGCGAUGUACAAAACACGAAAUAUGCAAGCAUUAUUUCCUUGUGGUGAUCAUAUGAUUGUGAUGAUUGAUGAUAGACCUGAUGUUUGGCAAUACUCAGAUGCCCUUAUUCAGGUAAAACCAUAUCGAUUCUUUAAAGAAAUUGGUGACAUAAAUGCUCCAAGAUAUGAAAAAGGUGAACCGAUUCUUUCUGGCAGUUACGCAGAGCAGGAUAUGGAAUCGGAGGAUGAUGAAACACUAGAAUAUGUUGCAGUUGUCCUUACCAAAAUACAUAAUGCUUUUUAUGAGCUGUUUGAUGGUGCAAAAAUAAAUCGUUUCCCGGACUUGAAAGGAAUAAUAUCUUACCUUCGAAAACAAGUAUUACGUGACUGUUCGAUAGUUCUUAGUGGCAUUGUACCUGUUGGUGUCGAUAUUAAGAAAACAGAAGCAUACCGAUUGUGUAUGCAGUUUGGUGCAGUUGUUAUGGACAACGUGAGUGAUUCUACAACUCACGUGAUUGCCGCACGAUGGGGCACAACAAAAGUUCAUGAGGCGCACAAAUUACCAAAUAUACAUAUAGUGAAUCCUAAGUGGUUGUUUACCUGUGUCGAAAGAUGGGAAAAGGCGGAUGAAAAAGAAUUUGAAUUGUUGAAAGAUGAAACACGGAGCGCGGAAAAGCUUCAGGGUGGCAUUAUCGUAGUUGAUGAAAUCUCAAGGUUACCCACAUUUGGUAAAGAAGCCUUGUCACUUAUGACUGACGAAGUUGAUGAAGCAUUAUCGGAAGAUGUAUCCGACAAUGAUGAAGAAAAUCUAGAAGCAAAAUCACUGAAGAGUUUAUCGUCAAAAGAAGAUGGAUCUGUGAAACGGCGGUCUGAAAGAGACGAUGAGGGAAGUAGUGCUUCAUCCACCAAAAAACAGGCUCUAGAAAAAGAGGAAGAGAGUGAAUCCGAAAAAUCAUCAUGCUCUGCUGAGUCAGAAUCAGAUGAUGACGACAUGGCGGCUGACGUUGAACGGCAGUUUUUUGCAAUGUAACUAUUUUAUCUUGCCCAUAACUUCAGGUUUUCCAUUUGUCAGCUCUUGUGUUACUUCUUUUCCUUUUUACUACCUCAGGAUAUUUGAUCAUUGUUAUUACUUUUUAACGAUCGUUUUCUCAUAAUUUUAAUCAUUUGUGAAUAAAUUUGUACUUUUGUUUGCAAUAAAUAAUUUUUCCAAGAUAAAUAGAACAAUAAUUACUUGAAUUCUAACAUGUUACCCCAUUAAUGUUUACUUGAAUUUGUUGUUAUUUCAGUUCUUCUUCAUUGAAGAUAUGCCUUUUUAUUGCUAGCAUUUUUGUAUACUAUUUCACCCUUUGUAUUUUUCAG